UGUUUAUCGAUGGACGUCCGAAUUCUGCAUGAUCAAAACGAAAGUGAAGGUACUGAAUCCAUUUUCUGGAAAGCAAGUAUCCAGAAUGGAAACCCCAAGGUUAGAUAAAUAUAGGAUACACUGACACAUUCUAUAAAAGUUACUACAUUUGCUGACAAGAGAUUACAGGAAGAUGUCGAUGACUAUAUUUGUGAAGAUGUCAACGAGGAACAAGUCUGAAACUAUUGCAGUCCAAAAGGGCGACGAGUUCUUGAGAAUAUUCGAAACUCUGGCGGGUAGAGUGGGCAUUGAGCUACAGCAUAUUCGACUCACGUUUAGCGGCAAAGAAUACAGACAUGAUCAACCAGAGGCAAGGAAAAGGAUAGAGGACGUUGGCAUUAAAGACCGUUCUACCUUAUUCAUGGUUUCCAGGUUACCAGGAGGAAUCAUGUGAUUGAAUAUUGGGCAGUCACUUUUAUAUGAUUGUCAGUCUGUGUUAAGUGAGCAUGACUUACAUGUACUGUAUGAUAAAAAGCUCGGACAUUUGUACUCAUUGAACAUGUAACAUAUGUAUUGUUUGUGCAUGUAUUUGUUGGAAAAUGAAAUAAAAUAUUCUACCAUAUAUUAUAAAUAAAAUGUAUCCCUUGUUAUAUGGUCGGUGUUUUGAGGUAGUGAAUGAAAAGGGCCUCUUGGCAGUUGGUGAGAGCUCACGACAUGGAAUGAGAAUAAAAUGGUUGAUUCGGAAGUUAUUUUGAUUCAGACAUCGAUUGAAUUUAUCUGUAACAUUAUUGACAAUCUAUGUAAAAGAUUGAAAUCAUUAGAAAACGAUAAAAAGAGUGGUCAAUUGUUAAAAAUUUUAGUCUCUGAUACUAAGCGCAUAUUAAAUAUAGUACUCUUAAAUUAUUUUUAAACAACUAAUGUUCUACUUUCGUUUUCGUUUUAAACAAUUUCGCAGAAAAUAACUCCACUGCAUUGGAAGUUUUCAACCAGAUAGUGCUAUACAAGUUUGCAAGUCAUUGUCAGUCAAUACUUUUACACAGUGCAUGAAUUGUUGGAAGAAAGCAACAAUGCCGGCGACAGGGAGAAAUAUUCGUGUGCGACAGAUUCGUCAAAGACUUGCACAGAUGGGAGAUAGUCAAUCCAAAACAGAAGCAGUACAGACAAACUCAAACAGAGCGGGUGUGCAUUCAUUUGGAAGAAAUCGGCAAAGUGGAGUGAAAAGGGAAGAAAAUGAAAAGUCUCCAUGUACUGGUAAUGUGUGCCAUUCUGUUACAAUACAAGGAUUGCAAACAAUUUAUAGAACACCACAUUCAAAUGCUGCUGGAUCGUCCUUACCCGAUAUAAAAAAUCACGUUCGUUCUCCAGAAUAUAAACGAAGGACUGGUUUUGAAGUUAGCCACCAUCGAAACAAUAACAGUCAGCAAAAUCCUGCUUCCAAAACGAGCGACCCCGGCAUUACAAAACGUCCCCACGUUCAAGAAGAAAAGAAUGAAACAGUUGUAACGAAACAAAUGAAAAACAGAGUCAUGGUACACACUAGUGGACCGUUUACAUCCCCAGUAGACAGGGUUGACAAGCUAGCAUGGAGUCACCAAUUACUACAGGAUCAAAUCUCGCUCAAUGGGAAGGCAGAUGAGUUUCUUUCCAGGGGCAGACAUCAUGAAAAUAGUCAAGUUAUUUCUUCACAUGGCGAGAGCACCAUUAAAGCUAGACAAACACCACAGGGUUUGCCAAAUAUAGGAAACACGUGCUACGCUAACUCUUUGCUACAGGUAUUGGGUCAAACACCACGUAUCUUUGAAAUAUUAUCUUCCAACACUGAAGUUGUCAACUGGAGACAGAUGGAUGUCACGAAUGCAUUUGGACAGGUUCUCCGGUCGAUGAAUCAUACAUCUGGACCAAAGUCGACCACAAUGACACAAUUCAUGAAUAUUGUAUCAAGCAGAGAACAUGAAUUCAGAAUUGGAUAUCAGAAUGACUGCCAUUCAUUUCUGUUGACACUUCUUAGUGAACUGAAUAAAGAAACCCCAGGCAAAGAUAUUGCAAAUUUGUUUGAAACAGAAAUGGUUGACCAGUUUACUUUUGAUUCCUGUCGUCAUACUGACGAAACGGACACACAAAUCUUGAGAAGUAUUACAAUCCCUUCAGAAUCUCGGCAGAUACAUGUACCCGAAGCACUUUCAUAUUGCAGUUUGAACAUAGAAAAUAUAAAGGAAGGUUUGCAGAGUUUCUUCCAAGAGGAAGAAUUUGACGAACAAGAAAUUCCAUGUAGAAUAUGUCUGAAAGGUAAUAAAAGGCAAACACUCAUUUGUAUUGUGAAAUUGACUGUCUUAAUCUGUGUUUCAUGUCAAAACGUUCGGCUUUUAGGCUAUGGAAAAACGAGGAAAUCCAUGAUGUUUCGGAAUCUGCCUCGUGUUCUCGUUCUCCAGCUUGGGUGUUUUCAAGAGAUGAGUUACGGGGGACGUCUUCGUAUUGCUAAGUCCUCGCGACGGAUUAGUUUUGAUGAAGUGCUCAGAGUUCCACACAAGAAUGGAAAUAUUUUGACAUAUCAACUUUAUGGAGUUGUAAAUCAUCACGGCUCAACUUAUGGCGGUCACUAUACGUCAUAUGUGAAGCAUCUUCCACGUCAGAGUGAUUGGUACUACUGCAAUGACAGCCAUGUGUCAAAGUCCGCCUUACCCGACGCUUUGUCAUCUUCCGAUGCUUAUUUGUUGUUUUAUAAACUUUAAUAUAGGAAAAUCAAAUACAAUUGAUGAACUUUGCAAAUUAUAUUUAUUUCAUUUCCUCUUAUAUUUAUCUUUCGUGUCGAAGUUUCAUUAGCUGUUUCUAAAAAAAAAAAAACUGAAAAUACUUCUUUUUGAACUUGCCUUUAAUUUAUAAUUCGGUAUUUAUGUAGUUAUUUAAAAGUUUUUUGUUUUAAAAAAAGAAAAAAAUAUACCUCA